AAGGCUGAUGGCAAAGCUCCUCCAGAAGACCAGGAAUACACAGCCAAACGAUGCCAGCCCGGGGUGUCAGAGCACAAGUCACGAAACUCAGGUGCUUUCCCAGCGUUUAAGCUCCUGGACCGCCUGUAAAAAUCAUAUUUGUUUACUUAGAGACAGCAAGCGUCCAGCACCUGUGGCAGAAGAAUCGAGAACGCUUCGGGGGAUCCAGCUGCGAUCGAGCCAAACAGAAGCACUCCAGGAGAGCUCCUCCACUGAGGGCAGGGCAAAGCCAUUGGAAUUGUGAGGCAAUCCCUUCCGUUUACAGCACGCUCACCUCUUUCCAUCACUCCGGACUACACUUUUUUGACAACUGUCCAGGGUCGUGCCCGGAGGGCGGGACCCCGGGAUGCGGGACUGACGCGCGGCGCCCCCGCCCCCGGCACGUGCCCUCUCCCCGAUUGGCGCUCCGUUUCCCGCGUGACGCAGCGCAGGGCGGUGAUUGGCUGCGGCGCGGCUCGGUGCGGGCGCGCGCGGUUGCCGCGGUGACUGGGCAAUGGCGAGAUGGCGCCGGGCAGCGCGCAGGGAGCGCCCGCCGCCGGCAGGAGCGGGCCCGGGACGGCGGGCAGAGGCCCCGCGGCGCACAGCGUGUGCAUGGUGUCGGACUUCUUCUACCCCAACAUGGGGGGCGUGGAGAGCCACGUGUACCAGCUGUCGCAGUGCCUCAUCGAGCGCGGCCACAAGGUCCUGGUGGUCACCCACGCCUACGGCCACAGGAAGGGCGUCCGCUAUCUCACCAGCGGGCUCAAAGUCUACUACCUGCCCCUAAAGGUGAUGUACAACCAGUCCACGGCCACCACCUUGUUCCACAGCCUGCCCUUGCUCAGGUACAUCUUCGUGCGGGAGAGGGUGACCAUCGUGCACGCCCACAGCUCCUUCUCCGCCAUGGCCCACGACGCGCUGUUCCACGCCAAGACCAUGGGGCUGCACACCGUCUUCACGGACCACUCCCUCUUCGGGUUCGCUGAUGUCAGCUCGGUGCUGACCAACAAGCUGCUGACGGUGUCCCUGUGCGACACCAACCACAUCAUCUGCGUGUCCUACACGAGUAAGGAGAACACGGUGCUGCGAGCGGCUCUGGACCCUCGGAUAGUCUCUGUCAUCCCCAACGCUGUCGAUCCCACCGACUUUACUCCAGACCCGUCAAGGAGGGAUGACAGUACAGUAACAAUUGUUGUUGUCAGCAGACUUGUUUACAGAAAAGGUAUAGAUUUGCUUAGUGGUAUAAUUCCUGAGCUCUGUCAGAAAUAUCCAGAGUUACAUUUCUUAGUUGGAGGAGAAGGACCAAAACGAAUCGUGCUGGAAGAAGUCCGGGAAAGAUACCAGCUCCAUGACAGGGUACGUCUUCUUGGAGCCUUGGAACACCAGGAUGUUAGAAAUGUGCUAGUCCAGGGACACAUUUUUCUCAACACUUCCCUCACUGAGGCCUUUUGUAUGGCUAUUGUGGAAGCAGCAAGCUGUGGUUUACAGGUGGUGAGUACGAGAGUGGGCGGGAUUCCUGAGGUGCUUCCAGAAAAUCUCAUUAUUUUAUGUGAGCCCUCCGUGAAAUCUUUGUGUGAUGGAUUAGAAAAAGCUAUUGCCCAACUCAGAUCAGGAACACUUCCAUCUCCAGAAACUGUUCAUAAUAAAGUAAAGACAUUUUAUACAUGGAGGAACGUUGCAGAGAGAACUGAGAAAGUGUAUGACAGGGUUGCAGAUGAACUGGUUUUACCAAUGGAUGAACGACUUGACAGACUAAUGUCUCACUGUGGCCCAGUGACUGGGUGUAUUUUUGCUUUUUUUGCUGUUCUGAACUUCCUUCUCUUGGCGUUUCUGAGGUGGAUGACUCCAGAUUCCAUUAUUGAUGUUGCAAUAGAUGCCACAGGACCUGAAGGUGCAUGGACUAAACAGUAUUUUUUGGGAAAAAAAAAGAAGAGUUAAAGAACUUCCAAGCUCCUAAAAUGCUCGAGUGGUGAGGGAAGAAUGCAUCAGUCACUGAAGAGUUUAAUUCUUGCUGACAGAGACCUUACUCGUCCAGUUCUUCAGUUUCUUUCUGACGUUCUUGGAAAGAAACUUGGUUAAAUGUGCUACCUCAAUUUAGGAUGAUAUUUUUAGUUUAGUUUCGAAUUCAUCCAAUAUUCAGACAUCCUUUGCACUUAAAGCUGGGAGGAGAACAUGGGUUUUUAUAUGUGUUAAAAGCCUUUGAAACAAAACCACAGGAUUUUUCUGAAUAUUUCAGAAAGGGAUUUAAACUUUAGUGGUAUUUGGAAAAGCAAAACACAAACAUUAUUAGCUUACAGUAGUCCCUGCUAAUUCGUGAUAUUUACUGUGAUCUUUAUUGUAAGACUUCUUUCAAAAUAACUUCAAACCCAACAAAACACAUUUUUUCUGUCCUCAAAUGAAAAUGGCACUUGAAAUUAGUCAUAAACUCCAUUACCAUGUAAAUUUCAGAGACUUAUUUCUAAUAGUUUUGUCCCAGUGACAGUGUUUUGCCUGCACAGCAUUAUUAUUCUGAAGUUCUUCCUUAGUCAGAUUUGAUCCUCCUGUUGCUAAAUGAAAAUUUCAUAAUGAUUUUUUUGAUAUUUUCAGAGGUGCUAAAUUUAUUCAGUUCACUUACGUGUGUGAAAGUGGUGUAAAGCUUAUAGCAGCUUUUUCAGUACAUAGCUGAAGAAAUAGUAUUAUUUAGAGAUAAUACAGCCUUCAGAAACAUCUCAGGCCUGAAAACUCUUCCAGCAGACUGUGCCAAAGUGUGAAGUAACGUGUGUGAGAGAGAGUGAAAUCUCUGAAGGGCUUAACAAGUACCAUUGUGCUUGAUCACUCUCUCCGCCCUCUCACCUCCUACCCACUGUUUUGUUUUUCCCUUUUCUCUUUUUCCUUCCCCUUACUUAAGACCAAAGUGGCAUUUCAGUCCAUCUCUGGGAGAGACAGUGUUCAGAGUGUGAGAUUUCACCUACACAACAUCUGAGACACUGUCUGUCAGGUUCUGCAAGUGAAAUCUUAGGAAUCUUAGGAAGGUAUCCCUUAAGUGGAAGGUAUUCCUUAAGUGGAUGCUUUUCACGGAGAGGUAAAAAAAAAUGUGGCUCCUUGCAAUUGUUAGGAUUCCUAAGCAAUGUAUACCUGGGACAAGAGGCAGCACAGUGUGCCAGUGUGUGAGAGGAGGCGUUCAUCUCAUUUCUGUUAACCACCUCUAAAAUUCCCCCUUGUCUAAUGCACUGGGUUCAUUUAUUUUCCAAGCAUCACUGAUGACUAAAUUUUAUGACUCUUGAGUAUUGUGUACUGUCAGACAUUGUAUUAAUAUUAACACUGUGCAAUAUGAAAAUACUGUUUCCAAACCCUUGAAGGGUAGUAUUUAAAACACAACUUCGUCUUGUUUGGUUAGAGAUGUAAUUCCACAAACAUAAUUUCAUUGAACAUAUUUUCAUGGAACACAGAAGGGUAAUGUAAAAUAAAUGCCAUAUACAAAGACUAUUUUCUUUUACUAGAAUUUUUAGCCUUUGAUAUGUAACAUACAAUGUGUUGUAUUACAUUCUGAAUUUUUUGAGCUCUGCAUUAAAAGUGGAGGUCAACUAAAAUGGUGCCAUAUGGAUUAAGGAUAAAUGGGUGGAAUUAAGAUAAUAUUUUACUUUUCUAAGUCACUCUUUUUUUGGUGUUUGGUUUUUUUUUUCCCAAACAUUCAAGUUUCUAACAACUUUUUGAAAAUACUAAUUAUCACUCUAGGGAAAUGUUAUAUAUAUAUUUGUAAUAAUAUUUUACUGAUUCUGGUUUAUUUCUUUUUGGUUUCCUGCAACAUCUACAAACACAAAUCAAAGAGAUUGUCAAAACCUAUUCAAAAUACCUUUUUCUUUUGUGGAACAUUGUGUACUUAUGAAUAACAUAAUAAAACCUUGUUAUACUCUUGUUUACAAUCCCAAUGUAAAGUUUAUGUAGAGGUUUAUUAACCUUUCCAUAAAGAAUGGACACAUUUCACUAAUAUGUGGGAACAUACAAUUAGGAAGUACAAGAAUACACACCAUGUUGCCGCUUCCCAUCACUGGUGGUUGGAGUUCUUAUAAAAAGAUGAUUAUUAAAAAACAUUCUGUACAAGCUGCCAUAAAAACUUAAUCCAUAACUGGUUUGACCACAAAUAUGCUGUUUCUCAAUUAACACCACUUGUAUGACGCAGAACUCUCUGCAGGAAUAAUUCAUUUUCUGGCCUUGUGCAGUGGGGUAAGGGGUGAUGUCUCUGAACCAUUUUUACAGUUUUAAAAAAAUCAGUCGGUGACAUGGAAAAAGUUAAAUAAAAUAAUCACAGCACUAAAAAAAUGAACUGAGAUAAUGAGUGUAGUUAGAAAUUUAUAAUAUAACAAAAAAAAAUCUAAAAUGUUUGAAUUGUGCUUGUAGGUAACGUGAUCAUUUUGAAAUAACGAGGAGACGUUACCAAAGAGAGAGUGAUACUCAGGUCUUGCACAGAGCAGAGCCUCUGGCGUGUAGGUGGAGGGAACACCCAAAAACCACCUUUAUAGAGGGUCCCCCAAAAUCUGCAAUGAAAUUCCAUCCCCCAGGCACAAGGAGAAAUGGUGUUUCCAAUACAUUAUAUGCAGAUGCUGUGAAUUAAGAUGUGGACAGUGUGUUGAUAAUUGAAAAUUGUAUGUUAAACAAGAACAAGCCUCUAGUUAAGUAUGGAUGUAAGAUUAGUCUUUCAGAUUGCAUUUUAGUGGAUGUGCACAGAUCUGCAUCUUUUUGAAAUAAACGUAUUUUUUCCCUUUUGAUA